CCCUACAGAGGUUUCUGGGAUUCGCCAACUUCUGCCGGCGUUUUAUUCCCAACUAGCCUCACCUCUGACCGCCUUGACCUCCGCCAAAACUACGUUCAGGUGGUCAGACACAGCCGAGGCUGUGUUUGCCAAACUGAAGAGCUGCUUUGUUUCAGCCCAUAUCUUGAUCACCCCUGACCUAUCACGUCAGUUUGUGGUGGAGGUCGAUGCAUCGGAGGUGAGGGUAGGAGCGGUGUUAUCUCAACGUACUCCCUCAGACGACAAGGUCCACCCAUGCGCGUUUUUUUCUUAUUGUUUAUCUCCUGCCGAAGGAAAUUAUGAUAUUGGUAACCGAAAAUGGUUGGCAGUCUAGAUGGCAUUGGAGGAAUGGCGCCACUGGUUAGAAGGAUCGGGGGUUCCUUUUAUUGUAUGGACAGACCACAUGAAUUUAGAAUACAUUAGCACUGCCAAAAGGUUGAACUCCAGGGAGGCUCGGUGGGCAGUUUUUUUUCGGACGUUUUGAUUUUACUCUCUCGUACCGCCCGGAUUCCAAAAAUAUUAAACCCGAUUCCUUGUCACGUAUUUUUGACCGUUCCGAACGACCGUCCACUCCCGUGUGUAUUUUUCCUGAGACAUUAGUGGUCUCUACACUCACAUGGGAGAUCGAAUCGAAGGUCAAGACAGCCUUAGAAGGGGUAACGCCUCCGCCCGGAUGCCCACCGAAUCGCUUAUUUGUGCCGGAGGGAUUAUGGUCCAACAUUAUCCAGGGACAUUGUUCUAAUGUGGCUUGCCAUCCAGGAGUUAACCAUACAAACUGUUUGGUCAAGCAACGAUUCUGGUGGCCACUUAUGGCUCGCGACAUUCAGUUUUGUUUUGGCUUUCUCUGUUUGUGCCACUGGUAAGACUUCCAAUCGACCCCCUGAUGGUUUACUUCAACCGCUGCCGGUCCCUUCGAGAUUCUGGUCCCACAUCGCUCUAGCUUUUAUUACCGCCCUCCCAGGGCAACACGGUAGUUUUGACCGUGGUGGACCGGUUCUCGAAGGCUGCCCACUUUAUUCCCUUGCCCAAAUUACCGUCAGCCAAGGAGACAGCGUUGACCAUUGUAGAUCACGUCUUUUAUUUACAUGGCCCAAUUUGUGUCCAAAUUUUUGCGAGAAUUCUGUAGAUUACUGGGAGCGACUGUAAGUCUGUCCUCAGGGUUUCAUCCCCAGAGCAAUGGUCAAACCGAGAGAUCCAACCAAGAUUUGGAAAGGGUGUUGCGACAUUUGGUUUCCAAGAAUCCUUCCUCCUGGAGCCAACAAUUGUCUAUGGUGGAGUAUGCCCACAAUACCUUACCAAUAUCAGCUAUGGGCCUAUCUCCAUUUGAGUGUAGGGUAGGUUACCAGCCACCUAUUUUUCCCAGUCUGGAAUCUGAAGUCGCGAUCCCCUCCAUUCACGCCUUCGUCCAGAGGUGUCACCCCACUUGGACUAGAGCCCGCGAGACUCUCCUCCAAGUGGGGGCGCGCACUAAGGCUAAAGCCGAUUGCCACUGCUAUAGGCCUCCCGUAUACGCCGUGGGUAAAAAACGUGUGGUUUUUUACUAAGAAUAUUCCUCUCCGCUCCAUGUCUAAUAAAUUGGCUCCCAAUUUAUUACCGUCAUGGUUCAUGAAUGCACCAUCUCCUGCUGCGUUCAUGUUACGUCAUGUUGAUUGUUUCAUGUGGGUUUUACCCAGCAGCAGCUCAUUCCAACAGCCUACUUAAUGCCUAGUCUCUUCUUUGUCAGAUCGUUGUUUGAGGUCCUCGUGGUUCAUGUCUGUUCGUCCUUCAGUGUUCCUGCUUCGUGCUCUGUUUCCUGUUCGGUCGCCUCUGGAUUACUGCCAUCAUCCACGGAUCUAUCACCACCACCACCACCUCCGCCAACCCACUCAAGACACCUACUCCCCUGUCUGUGCUGCCGUCGAGGUCAGUUUGAGAAACCAGAAUGUCUCACACUGUCGUACCCAUGAACUCUUCAACACUCGUCAUCCAGUUGCAACCAGCAACACAAACAGCACCUGGGUCGACGGUCACAAAUGCUCCUGGAAUGACGGGAGCUUCACCUCUUCUAGGAAUUCAGGCAUUUCUGAAAGGACAACCAAAAGCCCUUGGGACGGUCCAGAUAAUGAUCGGUGUGACGACUUUCCUGUUUGGCAUUGUGUCUACAGUUUAUGCAGAAGCCAUCUUUAUCCAUACUGGUAUUACUUACUGGGGAUCUCUCAUCUACAUUGCUGCAGGGUCACUCAGCAUUGCUGCAGAAAACAACAAAGAAAAACCCUCCAGUUUGUGUUUGAUGAAUGCUUCACUGGGAAUGAACAUUUCCAGUAUUAUAACUGCAGGGAUUGCCAUUGUUUACCUUUCACUAGAUUUUGUUUUUUGGCGAUACCCUAACUGCAACGACUAUUCCUGUUAUUUAGAGCAAAAGUAUGAGACUCUCUUCAGGGGAAUCAGAGGUGUUAUAAUGUUAUUCACCGUACUCGAGCUUAUCAUCUCCAUCUGUCUGUCAGCAUUUGCCUGUAAAGCCAGUGCCUGCCAUUCUCCUCCUCUGGUGCAGUUUGCGCAGGUUUUAUCACCACAGUCCUCUGAUUUCACGCGUUUACAUGAUCUUAACAACUCAGAGAUACCUGUGGCAAGCAGCUCUUCCAUUCAUCACCAGCCUGCAGACACUCCUCCACAAUACAGUGAAUCUAAAUAAAUAUGAAUAAGUGGGCUUUUACCU